AUGGCCAGGAGACCCGAGCAUUCAGCGCCGCCAGAAAUCUUCUACAACGACGAUGAGGCCAAGAAGUACUCCACAAACACCCGCAUCAUUGAGAUCCAAGUAGAAAUGGCCGAACGUGCCUUAGAACUGCUGGCGCUUCCAGAUGAUGAUGAAUCCCGCUUGAUUUUGGAUAUAGGCUGCGGUUCCGGCCUUUCAGGCAGCGUUCUAGAGGACAGUGAUCAUAUGUGGAUCGGAAUAGACAUAUCUAAAUCAAUGCUCGACAUAGCCGUCGAACGGGAAGUGGCUGGAGAUGUUAUCUUGGGUGAUAUGGGCGAGGGAAUGCCGUUUAAACCAGGAACGUUUGAUGGAGCCAUCUCGAUCUCUGCCCUCCAGUGGCUGUGCAACGCCGACAAGUCGUAUCACAAUCCGCACAAGAGACUACUUAAGUUUUUUACAACUCUGUUCUCUUGCUUAACCCGUACUGCUCGCGCUGUUUUCCAAUUUUAUCCGGAGAACUCGGACCAAAUCGAAAUGGUUACCUCGCAGGCAAUGAAGGCGGGUUUCUACGGCGGCUUGGUUGUCGAUUAUCCAAACUCUGCCAAAGCCAAGAAAUAUUACCUGGUUCUAAUGACUGGAGGCGCUGCCGAACUGCCAAAAGCGCUGGGUUCUCCAGAAGAAGAGCGACGGGUCAACUACAUUAAAAAACGCGAUGCUUGUCGUGAAGCCCGCGGCAAGGCGCCCAAGAAGUCCAGGGAUUGGAUUUUGGCCAAGAAAGAGCGCAGACGUCGCCAGGGAUUGGAAACACGUCCAGAUACAAAAUACACUGCUCGAAAACGCAGCGGAAGAUUUUAAUUAAAGUUAAUUUUGUUAAUCUCGUCA